AUGAACGGCUUGUGCAAAUAAUUGGCUGUAUUGCUUCAUUCAUGGUGUCGUUUGAUGCACUUCAUGCGUGAGACGAGUCCAGAGGACGAUGAUGGAAUAUUUGAGCGACAAGUUCGCCUUGAAAAAUCAAGCGAUUAAAGGCAGCGAUUAUUACAUGGACCAGGUCAUGGAUACUUUAGACAAUGUGCAGUACUACAAGACAUCACCUAAAUGCGUUCAGGCCUUCUCGAUGCAGAGCAAUGAUCACCACAGCACUAUGGACAGGUCUUCUCCAUGUGACAACCAAAACAGCGUGAGUUACUGCGCUCCUAAAACUGAGGACAGCAGCCUGCAUCCGAUGGAGAACUGUUGCAACAUCAGAACCUCACCGGUCACAACCGCACCAGAGAAACUCGACUUAGACGAGCUCGGUGAAAAAUGUGACAGUAACGUGUCGAGCAGCAAAAAGAGACGCCACCGCACAACCUUCACGAGUGCUCAACUAGAGGAACUAGAGAAAGUCUUCCAGAAAACCCAUUAUCCAGAUGUGUACGUGAGAGAACAGCUGGCCAUGAGAACAGAGCUCACGGAGGCCAGAGUACAGGUAUGGUUUCAGAACCGAAGAGCCAAGUGGAGGAAGAGAGAGAGAUAUGGACAGAUCCAGCAGGCUAAAAGUCACUUUGCAGCGACGUAUGACAUAUCAAUGCUGCCCCGAACAGACAGUUAUUCACAGAUUCCCAACAACUUGUGGACGGGUCCAACUCCAGGCAGCUCUGUAGUCUCUUCCUGCAUGAUCCCACGAGGUUCCCCUCCCUGUGUGACAUCCCCCUACCCCCACUCACCGCGGGCCAGUGAGCACGGUUAUGUGGGAUUCCCCAAUCACCAGCAAAACCAGUUUGGAGUUAAUCACAUGUCUCUCAACAACUUCUUUUCCGAUUCACUUCUGGCUCAUUCACCAAACAGUCAUGCCGCAUUUGAAACCAAACCUGAGUUUGAAAGACGGUCAUCCAGCAUUGCUGUACUGCGUAUGAAGGCUAAGGAACAUACAGCCAACAUAUCCUGGGCUGUGUGAAUUCUGAACCUGUUUAAAUAGUGCAGACCUGAACAGUUUUUUCUUUUAAAUAACAAGCCAUAGUUGUUGUCUUCAGACUGCCCAAAAAAAGACUCCUUUACCUUUUAACUGAAUCGAUGGUUGCCCAAGUGACAAAUCAUAAUAAUGUGUAUAAGACUGAUUCGCUUUCCUUUUUUGUAACAAAGAUAUCAGCAAUAAUAUAGAUAGAAUAUUUUAUUUGGAGUUUUCUGUCCUUCCAGGAAUGACUAUUUACAGAAACCUCUUAAUUUUCUUGAAACCUCUUAAUUAAACAGUGAUUUUCAUAUUUUUUGUCUUAGCGUCUCUUGUUGUGGAAAUCAAGAGCACAGUGCUUAACAGUAUUAUUCUCUCACAACGUACAGAGAUGUUGUGACCAAUAUAUUAACACUACUGUAUGUCUGUGUGCUUUCCUGCAAAGCUGUAUAAUGCUCUUUAGCUGUGGCUAGUCUGCACUGUGUCACAUGUGGAGGAGCAAGUUUUUCUUUCAUGGUAA